AUGUCGCCGUCCUUUCUCAUUGUUGGUGCAACAGGAAACACGGGUCGUGGGGUGGUGGAACUCUUAUCAGACACCAUUCGAGCCAGCUCAACCUUCUCUAAACAUCGCAUCAUCGCUCAGACACGCUCAGCCAACAGCUCUACUGCUAAGGAGUUCGCGAAGCUAUCCAACGUCGAAGUUGUAGAGCUCAACUGGCCUACAAUUACAUCUCAAUGGCUCCGCGAACAUGAAGUAGAAAGGGUGUUCAUCGCCUCGCAUAACCAACCCAACCAAUUCGCUGAGGAGUCGGGUUUCUUCUAUGCAGCUCUUAAAGCUGGAGUCCAGUAUGUUGUGCGAAUCUCUACAACAGCUUCAAACGUACGUCCGGAUUGUCCAGCAUAUUAUCCACGUCAACACUGGGCUAUCGAAAAGAUGCUCGAGUCUUCGGCUUACGACAAAUUGCACUGGACCUCUCUCCAACCUAACGCCUUUCUCGGAAUGUGGUUGUCGUCCGCCGCGGAGAUGAUAAAGAAAGUGCAAAAUGGGGAAGGAAAACAGGACACACUCCGACUUAUGGCUAACAAAGACAAACCUAUCGGCGCCAUAGAACCCAUGGACAUCAGCGUGGUUGCAGCGAAGCUAUUACUUGAGAACGACACUGCAAAGCACAACAAAGCAAAAUACGUACUGAAUGGCCCAGAAAGUAUUACUGGCGCUCAAAUUGUGGCGAUGGUGGAGGAUCGCAUCGCAGCGAGAGUUGACAACGUUGUUUUCAGGGACAACUCUAUGCUGGAUGAUUUUGCAGCGGCAUCCCCACAGCUGAAACAUCUUCUCGCCACGAUGAAGGAAGCAGCAGAUGAGACAUUCGACUCCCCCCUUCCGACUGUACCAACGAGUCAGGAGAUUCUUGACUUUGCACCACCGAAAAUUACUCCAGCCAGUGUUCUCGAGCAGUUACUAAAGUAG